AGGAAGGAGGGAGGAAAAGAAGGAAGGAAGAAGGGAAGGAAAGAAGAAAGGAGGGAAGGAAGAUAGGAAGGAAGGUAGGAAGGCGUCCGCCUCCGCCGCUGCGCCUGAGGAGGAGGAGGAGGAGGCGGCGGUUUGGGGAUGCUCCGCACGUAGAGCGCUUGGGAGGAAGUUUGGGGCGCCUCAGGCUUCAACCUGAAGCAGGAGCAGAAAGAGGAGGAGGAGGAGGAGGAGGAGGAGGGGCUCCAUUGCAUCCCUGCCUUGUUUUUGAGAGAGACGACGACGAAGACCCCCCUCCUGCUGCUCCUGCUCUUCCCUGGAAGCGAUGCCGGAGGGACGCCUGUAGCCAUGGCGGGCCCCGAGGAGGAGGAGGAGGAGAAGAAGAAGGAGGAGGAGGAGGCAGCCCCGACGCCAGGAAGAGCAGCAGCAGGAGGCUCCCGGGGGGGCUUAGGCCCCAGACCCUCGACGCCGCAGCCAGCAGCCGCCUUCUGGGAGCCCUUUCGGACUUGGAGCGGCGGAGAGGAUGGGGGCCAAGGCGGAGGAGGCCACGGGUCUGACCUGCCGCUGCACAGUGAUGGGUGAGCAAAGCUGAGAGAGAUUACCCCCCCACUCCAAGCCUCAUCCAACCAGGUCUCUGUAAUAAUGUCAGGUGGGCAUGUUCAUCCAUGAUCAAGUACUGGAUUGCAGCUGUCUUACCAUUCAUCUCCAGCUGGAUUUGGAGACUCAUCAUGAAUGUUUGUAAGUCAUUCGAAACAAGUCCGCCUUUGUCAUACAAAUGUAUCAGCCACCUCCCCGAAAGUGAAGAAGUGAAAAUCCUGACAUCCCAGCAGGAUGUGAAGCCCCGCGAUGAGCAGUAACUACUGCAACAACGUGUCAGUGAGCAUGAGCGUCAACGAAGUGUCCACCUUUCCCCUGACUCUGGAGCAAAAAACCGGCUUUGCCUUUGUAGGGAUCCUGUGUGUCUUUUUAGGACUUCUGAUUAUAAGAUGCUUCAAAAUCUUAUUAGACCCUUAUAGCAGUAUGCCAUCAUCCACGUGGGAGGAUGAGGUUGAAGGGCUGGAUAAAGGGACAUUUGAGUAUGCUCUUGCAUGAUAAAUCCCAAAAGAAUACCCUGCCUUAAUUAUGAUAUUUUUUUCAUUUGGGGGGCUGGAGGGAUAACCCAGACAGGAAGCAUUUGUAACAAACACAUGUUUUGAAGAUGUGGUGGUGGUGGUGGUGGUGGUAUCUUUUUGUUAAAUAAAGCUUUAUUGCAGAUUCAUAAAAUCAUUUUUACCUA